UCUUGCUACCUCAGGUGCUGAUCAUGGACCGCCCCAGCACGCGCAUCCUUUCGUCGUGCUGCAAGAUGUCCGACAUCGUGGAUGAAGGCAUCACGCUUGUAGAAUAUAUUAACAAACGCCGGGAGCCAAUCCCCAGCCUGGAGGCCAUCUACCUGCUCAGCCCUGUGGAGAAGUCGGUGCAGGCUCUGAUCGAUGACUUCCAGGGCACCCCCACCUUCACCUACAAGGCAGCUCACGUCUUCUUCCUCAGCCCCUGUCCUAAGGCCAGGCUGGCCUGGUCCAAGCAUCCUAGGGGCGCGGUAUGGGGCACAGCUGGCCUGGCUGCCAGUAGUUGGCACCAGGGUCUGAUCUCUGCUCCCCCCACCCCCCAGGUGUACUCCCUGGACAGGCCACAGACCUUCCAUAACUGGUUCAGCCCCUGCUGCGCCUGGGAAAAGAAUGAGGAGCUGGAGAUGCUGGCAAAGCAGAUUGCCACAUUGUGUGAAACCCUGGAGGAGUAUCCAGCCAUCCGCUACAGGAAGGACCAUGAAGAUAACUUCCACCUGGCGCACGUUGUACUGGCCAAACUCAAGGAGUUCAAGGCAUACGAGCCCAGCAUGGGAGAGGGCCCUGACAAAGCCCGCUCUCAGCUGUUGAUCGUGGACCGGAACUUCGACCUGGUGUCCCCACUGCUGCAUGAGCUCACCUUCCAGGCCAUGGCCUACGACCUGCUCAGCAUCGAGAACAACACCUACAGGUACAAGACAACGGGCACCAGCGACUCGCGGGAGAAAGAGGCGCUGCUGGAUGAUGAUGACGAACUCUGGGUGCAGCUAUGCCACCUGCACAUCGCUGACGUCUCCAAGAAGGUGACGGAGCUGCUGCGCACCUUCUGUGAGAGCAAGAGGCUGACCACGGACGAGGCCGACAUCAAGGACCUGUCCCAGAUCCUGAAGAAGCUGUCCAAGUACCAGAGAGAGCUGAACAAGUACUCCACGCACCUGAACCUGGCCGAGCACUGCAUGCGGCACUUCAAAGGGACGGUGGAGAAGCUGUGCAGCGUGGAGCAGGACCUGGCCAUGGGGAUGGACGUGGACGGGAAGGUGAUCAGGGACCCGAUGAAGAUCAUCCUGCCCGUCCUGCUGGACCCCAGCGUGCAGGCCUACGACAAGAUCCGCAUCAUCCUGCUCUAUAUUCUCCUGAAGAAGGGUGUGGGUGAGGAGAACCUCACUAAGCUGAUCCAGCAUGCCAACAUCCAGCAGCAGAUCAACAUCAUCCACAACAUGCAGUUCCUGGGCAUCUCCCUCACACCUGGGAGAAGGCAGCUGCGAUCUGAGAGGAAGGUGCGGCCGGAGUCCACCUACCCGCUCUCCCGCUGGACCCCCAGGCUCAAGGACGUCAUGGAGGACAUCAUUGAGGACAAACUGGACAAGAAGCUGUGGCCCUUCAUGUCAGACCCGGUCCCUACCACCAGCUCCCAGGCUGCUGUCAGUGCCCGCUUCGGGCAUUGGCACAAGAACAAGCCAGCGGCCGAGUACUGGACGGGCCCGCGCCUCUUCAUCUACGUGCUGGGUGGGGUGUCCAUGUCUGAGAUGCGCUGCGCCUAUGAAGUGACCCGGGCCACCGAGGGCGAGUGGGAGGUGGUGAUCGGUUCCAGUCACAUCCUAACCCCUAAGAGCUUCCUGGAUGACGUCCAAACCCUCGACCAGGAGGCCCCUGAGGAGGUCUAG